AUGGCCAACAUUGCAUACGAAGAGGACCCUGAUUCUUUGGAGUCAUUUCUGAUAAUAUCUCCUACGGCGUUGUUUUUGGCUGCGAAAGUGGAAGAACAGCCACGGAAACUUGAACAUGUUAUUAAAGUAGCACAUGCCUGUCUUCAUCCGCAAGAGCCACAACUGGAUACAAAAAGUGAUGCAUAUCUUCAGCAAGCCCAAGAGCUGGUUAUACUUGAAACAAUAAUGCUUCAAACUUUAGGUUUUGAGAUUACCAUUGAACAUCCGCACACAGAUGUUGUGAAAUGCACGCAGUUAGUGAGAGCAAGCAAGGAUUUGGCACAGACAUCCUAUUUCAUGGCUACCAACAGUCUUCACCUUACUACAUUCUGUCUUCAGUACAAGCCUACAGUGAUAGCGUGUGUGUGCAUUCACUUGGCCUGCAAGUGGUCCAACUGGGAGAUUCCAGUAUCAACUGAUGGAAAACACUGGUGGGAAUAUGUAGAUCCUUCAGUUACUCUAGAAUUACUGGAUGAGCUAACUCAUGAGUUUCUGCAGAUACUGGAGAAAACGCCUAGCAGGCUCAAGAGAAUUAGAAAUUGGCAGGCUAAUCAGGCUGCUAAGAAACCUAAAGGUGAUGGACAGGUAUCCGAGAACUCGCUUCUUGGUUCAUCUUUGGUCCAGAAUUCCAUUUUGGUGGAUACAGUUACUGGUGUAGCUGCAAACACAAGUUUCCAAAAACCAUCAACAUCAUUUCCUGCACCAGUACCACUGACCUCAGGAAGUAUUUCUGUUCCAGACAGUCAUGCACCUGAAAAUUUGGCAAUACUUGCUACAGUAAUCCCAAGUACCUCAUACAGUUUGGCAUCACACCAGGAAUGGCCUCAACAUCAAGAACAAACAAGGACAGAACAAAUAUACUCCCAAAAACAGGAGGCGUUACCUGCUAGCCAGUACAAUAUGAACUUCCAACCAGGGACGUCUGUACAGUUGCACUCUGGAGUACAUCACAGACCUGACAAACUUGCUGAGCAUUCUACUGUCAAACAAGAAUAUUCUCAUAAGUCAGGAAAUAAACACCACGGACAAGUUGCUGCUCCUGUAAUAAUUCCUCAGAAAAUGUCUUUGGAUAAAUACAGAGAGAAGCGCAAACUAGAAACCCUUGAACUGGAUGUGAGAGAACACUACAUAGCAACCCCUGGUGAACAGCAGCAUAAAAAACACAUGCAGCCCCAGACAGCCAGCAGUUCUUCUGUUACGUCUCCUAUUAAGAUGAAAAUUCCUAUUGCAAACGCAGAGAAGCCUGAAAAACACCUGUCUGAUAAGAAGGAAAAGGGUGGCUCACUCAAACUCCGCAUACCAAUCCCACCCACAGAAAAGGGUGCCAGUAAGGAGGAGCUGAAAAUGAAAAUUAAAGUUUCUUCCUCAGAAAGGCAUAGCUCAUCGGACGAGGGCAGUGGAAAAAGUAAACACUCGAGUCCCCACAUUAGCAAAGAGCAUAAGGAAAAACACAAAGAACAUUCUUUAAAUCGCCACCACGGCAUUGGCCAUAAGCACUCCCAUCCACACGGUGGUGGUGGCAGUAGCGGCGGCAGUAAGCAUAGCACUGACGGAGUUAUACCCACUGUUUUGAGGAGUCCUGUUGGCCUGAGUAGUGAUGGCAAUUCCUCUAGUUCCGGCUCUUCAAGAAAGAAGUUGCACAUCAACGAUGCUUCUCACAACCACCACUCCAAAAUGAGCAAAAGUUCCAAAAGUUCAGGUAGUUCAUCUAGUUCUUCCUCUGUUAAGCAGUAUGUAUCCUCUCACAACUCUGUUUUUAACCUUCCCUUACCCCCUCCUCCCCCUGUCACAUACCAGGUGGGCUACGGACAUCUCAGCACCCUCGUGAAACUGGACAAGAAACCAGUGGAGAAUGGUCCUGAUGCCCAUCACCAGUACAGUACAAACAGCCAGCAUAUGGACUACAAAGAUACAUUCGACAUGCUGGAUUCGCUGUUAAGUGCCCAAGGAAUGAACACUUAGUCAACUCUUAGGUUGCUUUUCUUUACGUUUUUUAAUUUAAGAAUUGGUAGAAUGGAAAACUUCCUAAGCUAGCAGUAGCAACACCAGCUGUUGCUGCCGUGGUUUCAGUAUAUGUAAGUGCUGCUUUAUCCUUCACUCUGAAAAGAAGAGGUAUAGUAAACAAGUCUUUAUCUCCACAUACGAUAGUGUUAUAAAUACUGUAAUAGCAUGGAAGGUGCAAAAAUCUCAGUAUUUCUACAACUGCAGCUAAGAACCGUAGAAUGAACGUCAGCUUUUAGGUGUAUAGGAUGCCUCGGGCAUUGGUUAUUUAUAAUUUUGAAUACUGCAGACACAACUUUUUGUUGCAUAGCUUUUGAAUGAGUGUCAUUGUUUUCUUGUGUAUUUAUACUGUAUGUAUGAUUUGCAUGUUUCAAAGAUAAAGGGAUUAAAAACAGUAUACUGACAACUGUUUACAAGAAAGUGGAGAAAAAUGUACAUACAUUUUUGUAUGUUUAGAUAUACCAUAAAUACUCAGGAUUGGAGCUGCUUGUAAGUAUAACAAAAUACACAUAACUUUAUUUUAUCUCGCAAGAGUCCCAUCAGUUAUCCAAACAACGAUGGCACUUUGUCUCGUUUAUCUUUAAACUGUAGGCCUUAUUGGAAGCCGCUCAAAAGGGACACUUCGCUAGAGAAGGUAUCCCGUACCGUGUAGGGUCAUCGCCGGACAGUAUUACCAGAGAGGCAGGAAAUCGGGUAGGCCUCUGCUCACUCGUUAUGGCCAGACCUUGGAAAUGUCCCUAGUUUUCUGAAGGAAAAAGGAAUUAAAAUAAAAGUUUACAUAAUCUUUUCAUGUGAAGUGCAUUUAAAUGUUUAUUGGCUUGAUGCAGUAAAAUAGACACAGAGCUAUUAAUGAUUAUGUAGAUUAAUGUGACUUAACUGCAAUUCAUAGCUGUCAUUGUGGAAAAAUCAUCUUUUUUUAAAAAAAAGUCAUAAUUUAGUUUAAUAGUAAACAGGGGUCACUGUUUCCAUUACCAUUUCAGAAUAAUAACCCAUGUUCUGAAAUCCAAAAAGUGUACUUGUGUGUGAUGCCAUAUUUCUUUUGCAGGUGAAUGCAGUCUUCACAGUAAAUAAGAAUAAAACUAUUGAUAUCCCAACUUUAUAUUCCAACAAUAAAACAGUUAUCAUUGAUUCUAUGCAUUGUACUUGUCAUUAGUUACCAAAUUGAAAGACACUUGUUCUGUUUUUUUCAGCUCUGUGGGGGCUAAAAAAAAAAACACUUAAAAAAACAGUCUCACAGUUAGUUGAACCACUAGCAUCCAUUUUACCUGCCUGCCAGUAUCAGCGUGGGGGAUUGUGUGCUCUUCCCGGGGUGUUUUGCUCAUCGGAAGAAGUGACAGGUGUGAAUGUUCUCGUGUUCUCAAAGCCAAUACUA